UCCCUCCCGGGAGACGCGAGCAUCAGGGACGGAGGAAGCCGACGACAGGGGAGGAAGCGGACGACAGGGGGACACAGUGCGCUGUCGCUUCCGGAAACCCACCUCCACCGCGCAGCCCUCCGCGCGCAGCCUGACGGGAAAGCGCCGCCAAGCGGCCCGGCCUCGCCUCCGCCGCGGGGCACGCCGGGAGAAGCGCGAUCUCCCUGCGGCCUUCUCGGAAGUGUGUGCGGCUUCCCUGCCCCUGUUCGCGCUAAGUCCCGCCCCUGUGCCGGAAAGAGGGAGGUGUGAGGAGCGGAGCCGGCGGUGGUCACGUGGCACCACUGCGGAAGCAGCGGGAGAGGGGCGGGGUAGUGGGCGUGGCGACCCGGUCACGAGUGGCCGGAAGUGGUGGCUUCUGCGGAUCAUCUGAGAUGGGGACCUCCCUGGACAUCAAGAUCAAGAGAGCGAAUAAAGUGUAUCACGCCGGGGAAAUGCUGUCUGGUGUGGUGGUCAUCUCCAGCAAGGACUCUGUCCAGCACCAGGGAGUGUCUCUGACCAUGGAAGGGACUGUAAACCUCCAGCUCAGUGCCAAAAGUGUGGGCGUGUUUGAGGCCUUUUACAACUCGGUGAAGCCGAUCCAGAUUCUCAACAGCACCAUAGACGUGCUGAAGCCAGGAAAGCUCCCCAGUGGCAAGACUGAGAUUCCGUUUGAGUUUCCUCUGCAUGUCAAGGGCAGCAAGGUGCUGUACGAGACUUACCACGGCGUGUUUGUGAACAUUCAGUACACACUGCGCUGUGACAUGCGGCGGUCCCUGUUGGCCAAGGACCUGACCAAGACCUGUGAAUUCAUCGUUCACUCCGCUCCUCAGAAGGGGAAGCUGACCCCAAGUCCCGUUGACUUCACCAUCACCCCGGAAACCCUGCAGAACGUCAAAGAGAGGGCCUCGCUCCCCAAAUUCCUCAUUAGAGGCCACCUGGACUCCACCAGCUGCGCCAUCACACAGCCCCUGACGGGAGAGCUGGUGGUGGAGCACUCGGACGCUGCGAUCCGGAGCAUAGAGCUUCAGCUGGUCCGGGUGGAGACCUGUGGGUGUGCAGAAGGCUAUGCACGUGAUGCCACAGAGAUUCAGAAUAUUCAAAUCGCUGAUGGGGACAUUUGUAGAAGCCUUUCUGUCCCUCUGUACAUGGUCUUCCCCAGACUGUUCACAUGCCCGACACUGGAGACCACUAACUUCAAAGUGGAGUUUGAGGUUAACGUGGUGGUCCUUCUUCAUGCUGACCACCUUAUCACAGAGAACUUCCCGCUGAAGCUCUGCCGGACAUAGUCCAGCUCAGGAAUGGGACAUCCAGGUGGACAUCUGCUCACACGUGGACAUGGUUGUCAUCUGCUCACAUGUGGUUGUCACAUGGGUCAUCUGCUCACAUGUGGACAACUAUACCGUCAUCUGCUCACAUGUGGCUGUCACAUGGGUCAUCUGCUCACACUUGGGCAUCUCUCCAGUCACCUGCUCACAUGUGGACGUCACACGGGUCAUCUGCUCAGACCCCUGGCAGCUUAUAUUUUCAUGAUUUUUCCUCAUUGCCUCAAAGCUCUUUCCUUCAGGUGCCUUGCCCAGCCCUUUCCUCUGGCAUGCAGCAGGAUGUCCUCGCGUGUGGUGCAAGAUCGCAGCAAACAUUUCCAGAUGCACCUGUUUCUUUUUAGGUUCAGUAAAGCAGCUGUGUCUGCAGCUUGAGAUUUGCUGGCCCCUGAGACCCUGGAGACAACUUGCCCAGACUGCUGACAUCAAACGCUUGGCAACCAGCAGGCUCAAAGAUUGACAGCAUUUGUGACCCCUCCAAGGGCUGGCAGUGACUUCAUCUGGAAAUACGGAGCUGUUUCAAAACCUCGAGUUGUUGAUAGCAUUGCGCUAGAACUUCAGGGCUGUAGGGAACUAAGAAAAGCAGCAAACAGGUCCUUGUUUUCAAGGGACUCUGAAGAGCGGCUGGUGCUGGAGUUUUUGUGGUCUGUCCGACUGGCGCGCACAGCUGCUGCUGCCGUAUCCCAGAGUCUGUGGAAAGGCGAGGAGGUUGCACCGGGAAGAACACAUACUGGCUGCUCAUUGCUAGGUCAUUUCUGAGAGACAGGAGACCACGCUGAGGAAGGAUGAUGGACUUAGCCUGCCCCUGACCCCCGAGGGUUCCCCGCAGCUUCACACCGACUCCUACUGCACGGAGCGUGUGUUGUCAUCUCACUUUUCUUCCUUCCAGAGCUGCUGCUUUGUUGCCCCUCUGCACACGGCUGUCCUGCCCUGAGCGACAGCCUCCUGCACUGCCACUGCACUGUGACAGCUGAUGGGGAACUGAGGAGACUUAGCCCAGUCACAUGACAGUGGGUUCCCAGACAAUGUAUUUUUGAUUCAUCAUUUUUUUUUAUGCUUACAUCAUAAUACUCACCUCUCCUGGACGUAUUUAAACAAGCAACCAGAAAAUGGAGGCUGUGCCUUCUGGUUAGUUUGCAAAGAGUCAUCUUCAGUGACAUAAUUACUUAAUGAAUAAAGAUGCUAAACGAUUUUUAAA